GACAAGAUGGAGCGAAACGAGGCAGCUGAGCUCUCCUUGCUUGUAAAAUCAUUGCGGUUUGAGAGACAGUUAAAGGAGGAACUUGAAAACCCCCCGCCCAGUAUGAUGGACAGCACCGUGUGGGGCUUAUGCAGAGGCUUCACCAUCGGACAGGGGCACUUUAGGAUUCAGGCAUAUAUUAAAACCUGGGAUAUCAAGCCCGUUUGGGUCUACAACGUGGACUAUCUCCGCCCGGAACUGGACGAUGACUUUAAGAUCCACCUGUACAGGGCCAUUUUCAUGGCCCCUACGGCCAGAAAACCAAUAGGGGACAGGGUCAACAUCUACUUCGCGAUGGAAAUAUCGAAAACCGAGCCCGGAGCGCCGGUGGAGGUCCGCUUCAUACUCGAAUCCCGGCGACUCAUACACACUCCGGGGAGGAGCAAGUUCAGCGAGAAGUGGUUGACCGACAUUACCGAAACCAAGGCUUUAUUCCAGAGAAUGAUGGAGUCAUAAAUCAGAUGGCCACCAUAUAUAACAUCCAGUUAUAUAACAGGCCCUGUGUAUGGACUUUGGGCUCAGCUGAAACGACCUGUU